GUGUGUAUCACUACUAGUACCGGCAUGCAGUGCGGGCUCAGUGUGCGCAUGUCCGCGGAGCUCCGGUGCGUUCCGCUGCUUGGGACGGAUCGGAUCCGUUGGGACCGGUUGCCAUGGAGCCAGCCUGGAGGCAGCAGGGCAGGGGGCGUGGCCGAGGCCAAGAGGGCGAAAGGUCACGACCCCCGAUGAAAGAGAGAGAGAGGCCAGGGGUUGGCCGAGGAGGGAGGACGAGGGCCGGACCAGGAUCUGGACCAGGAUCUGGACCAGCACCAGGAGUGUCCGUCCAGUCCAAGUUCGAGGAGAUCAGGAAGUCCAACCAGGCCGCCGCUCAGCGAUUGGUGGAGACCCGCCUCAGCUCCUCCUCCUCUGACGAAGACGAGGAAGACAGUAACCAUGGAGAUGGACAGAGAGGGAGGAUCCUGGAGUCGACCUUCACCACCUACACCAACCAGACAGGUGGGGAUGCGUCCGGUCUGGCUCGGACCGGUCAGUACGUCAGUGACCUGUUCCAGUCUGGAGCUCUCACCUGUCUGAUCUGCAUUGCUUCUGUGAAGAGGACCAACAGGGUGUGGAGCUGCUCCAGCUGUUUCUGCCUCUUCCACCUGCCCUGUAUCCAGAAGUGGGCCAGAGACUCGGCCUUCCUCGUGUCCUCCGUCACAGAUGAAGACUUUGGACAGAAGGCCCACCCCUGGCCCUGUCCCAAGUGUCGAGCCGAGUAUCCACCCAACGCCGCCCCAACAGGUAGGACGCCCACUGACACACCCAGGUACAUGUGUUACUGUGGGAAGCUGCAGGACCCGCCCCCUGACCCCUGGUUGGUUCCUCACUCCUGUGGAUCUGUCUGUCAAAAGGAGCUGAAACCCACCUGUGGACACACCUGUCUGCUGCUCUGUCACCCCGGUCCCUGUCCUCCAUGUCCAAAGAUGGUCUCCGUGUCCUGUAUGUGCGGCAAGGCCAAGCCCCUCCCCCGUCGCUGUAGCAACAAGUCGUGGUCGUGUCAGCAGACGUGUGGAAAGGUGUUACCAUGUAAGCAGCACACGUGUUCGCAGCCCUGUCACUCAGAGUGUCGUCCGUGUCCGCGGGUCAGCGUUCAGCCGUGUGUCUGUGGGCGUCAGAGGGCGGAGAGGCCGUGUUCCAGCGCCCGGUGGAACUGUCAGCAGGUGUGUGGAGCGCCUCUGUCCUGUGGGAAUCACACCUGUGAGGUGGUCUGUCAUGACGGAGCGUGUCCUCCAUGUCCACGAUCAGACAGCCGCACCUGUCCAUGUGGGAAGACCAAGUCGUCUCUGCCGUGUACAGAGGAGGUGAUGCCGUGUGGAGACACAUGUGAGCGGCGUCUGUCAUGUGGAAAACACACCUGUUCUAUGAGGUGUCACCGAGGGACCUGUGAGACCUGCAGACAGGAGGUGGAGAAGGAGUGCAGAUGUGGACGCUACAGGAAGUUGAUGCCGUGUCAUAAAGAAUAUCUGUGUGAUUCCAAAUGUAACAAAACCAGGAGCUGUCAGAGACACCAGUGUAGGAGGAAGUGUUGCCCCGGUAACUGCCCCCCAUGUGACCAGAGCUGUGGACGAACGCUGGGAUGUCGUAACCACAAGUGUCCCUCCGUCUGUCACCAAGGUACCUGUUAUCCAUGUCCCGAGGCGGUGGAGCUCCGUUGCACCUGUGGAUCAUCGGUGCUGGUCGUCCCCUGUGGCAGAGAGAGGAGCACCAAACCCCCCCGCUGCAAAGAGUCCUGCAGGUGUCCUCCAUCCUGCCACCACCUGAGCAGAGAAGCCCACAGGUGUCACCCUGGACCCUGCCCCCCCUGCCGACAGACCUGCCUGCUGCCCCUUCCCGGAUGCAGCCACACCUGUCCAGAAGGCUGCCACGACCUGGUGCUGGUCCGGUCCCAACAGGUGCAGUUGGCCGGUCCCUGGGAACAGCCGGCAGAACCUGCCUUUGUGAAGAAGGCUCUGCCCUGUCCGCCGUGUCAAGUCCCCAUACCGAUGGCCUGUUUUGGAGAACAUGAGGUCAGUCCGGUGCCGUGUCAUCGUCGGGGUCGGUUCUCCUGUGGACGACCCUGUGGACGACCUUUGACCUGCGGGAACCACACCUGCACCAGGGAAUGUCACCUGGUGACCGACAACAACAAGUGUGAGGUGUGUGAGGAGGGCUGCUCUAAGCCCCGCCCCCCUGGAUGUCCACACCCCUGUCCCCGCCCCUGUCACCCCGGAAACUGCCCCCCCUGCACGCAGAUGAGCCGCCAGCGCUGCCACUGCAAGAUCAGCCUGCUCUACGUAGAGUGCACGAAGUUGACAUCAGCUGACGAUCAGACCAAGAUCAACCUGAGCUCCUGUAACAACCAGUGUCCAAAAGAGCUGAGCUGUGGCCAUCGCUGUAAACAGGUGUGUCAUCCAGGUGUGUGUUCAGAGAAGUGUCAGCAGAAGGUGAAGAUCAGAUGUCCAUGUAAGAGGAUGAAGAAGGAGUUGCCGUGUUGUGUGUCUGCGCAGUGUUCACUACAGUGUGACGACACCUGUAGAGAACAGCAGAGGAGAGUCAGCCAGAUGAAGGAGGCGGAGCUUAAAGCGGCUCAAGAGGAGGAGCAAAAGAAACUCCAGGAGGAGCUUGAGGCCUUCGAGAAGCGGCAGCAGCGCGGUGGUCGUCGGCUUAAGAGGCGGGGCAGGAAGGAGGAGCCGGAUGAGGGGCGGAGCCAAACCACCUGGUGGAGGAGGAGCCUCCUGUACAUUGUGGUUUCGGUGGGCGGAGCUAUGCUGUCGGUUGCCACCUACUACCUGCUGGCCACGCCCACUGACUCCGGCUAAACCCACCUCCUUCAACUGUAGUUGUGUUAUUUUUUGGAUUCUUUCUCUUAAACCGUCGUAGUUUUAGUUCAUAAACAAAUGAGACCGAUUCAGUUAUGAUUCAAAUGUUUUAUUUCUGUCGUCAAAUGUUUCAGUUUUGAUUAAUUUUUCAAACAUUUGAAAAAUAAAGUGAAUUAAA